AUGUGCAGCGCGCUGACGGAGCAGCUGGAGAUGUUCGACGAGUUAACCCAGCUGACACUGCUGCUGAAUGUCAGCACUGAGCUCAUGGAUGUGGCGGAGGUCUACCUGCGCUUCUCGCGGCAGACUGAUGAGGACCAGUUCAAGCUCGGCAUGCCGACGCUGAAGAGAUUUGUUCGUCCCUUGGACUGGCUCCAAGUCGAAGCGCAGCUCCGGCAAUUCGCCCACGCUGCGCGCACCUCGAGGCCGAAAAACAGGAACCUACCACCUCUGAUGUUCCGGAUUCCCGGCGAGUCGAAGAGCUUCCUCCGAGCUCGGGACGUCUCUGUGAAGUCCAUGUUCACUGGUCCCCGACCUGCAGGCCAGCCUGCCUGGGUCCACCUCACACUGAGCAAGUUCAACGAGGAGAAGCCUCGCAUCCAGGAGCCCUCCGCUCUGGAAGUCGUCCACGAGGUGUCAAAAGCCAACUCGUGA